AUGCAAUACUACUUUCUUGCUGCCUUAGUUGGACUGCUCGGCUGGCGCGCCGUAAAUCUUACGACCCCUCGUUUGUCAUGUCGGUGUCGGCCCUCGGAAUCCUGUUGGCCAUCUGAUGAAGCAUGGUCGCAGCUGAAUAUUUCCAUCAAUGGGAAUCUUGUGCGUUUGAGGCCUGCGGGCCAUGUUUGUCAUCACCCAAACUUUGAUAGGAGAGCUUGUGAUGAAUUGCUGCACCUAACUCGGGAUAGCGGUUGGAGAGCUUCUCGACCAGAUACUUUACAAGAUUGGGUCUGGGAAGGAGGGUUGUCUGCAAAUCAGACUUGUCCCGUUGUUGAUGGGCCAAGCGAAGCACCAUGUCACCAAGGCCGUGUUCCCUACUACUCAGCCGCUGUGAGAUCUCCAGACCAUGUACAGAAGGUUGUUCUCUUCGCCAAGGCACACAAUAUACGAUUGGUCGUCAAGAAUACCGGCCAUGACGGUUCUGGGCGUUCGGCCGCCCCGAAUUCGCUUCAAAUCCACACUCAUCACCUUAAGGGGAUUCAGUAUCAUCCCGACUUCGUAGCACAAGGUGUGAACACAUCCUUAGGCCCUGCUGUUACAGUUGGCGCUGGUGUCAUGCACUGGGAGCUCUACGAAAGAGGCUCUCGGGAUGGAUACAUCACAGUUGGCGGAGAAUGUCCUACAGUAGGAGCCAUCGGUGGCUUUCUCCAAGGAGGCGGUGUGUCCAGCUUUCUAAGUCAUGCGAGGGGACUUGCUGUCGAUAAUGUGUUGGAAUUCCAGAUCGUGUUAGCCAAUGGAAGUCUUGUGACUGCGAAUGACCACAAGAACCAAGAUCUAUUUUGGGCUUUACGGGGAGGCGGAGGCAGCACAUUCGGCGUUGUCACACAGGCAACACUCCGAGUAUACUCUGAUGAUCCCGUCACAGUAUCGACAGUGUCGCUUUCUACGCCACACACGGAUCAUAGUUUCUGGGAAAAGGGGAUCGUCGGUCUUUUCUCAAUGCUUCAAGCCCUUAACCUUGACAAUACCCCCGGCCAGUUUGUCCUUACAGUCACCCCAAAGUCAACGCUCAAGGCAGAUUUGACCAUACACUUCAUUAACAACACUAACAUAUAUACCGUGGAGGGGAAGAUAAUGAAAUAUCUAACUAUGUACACGGCCAGCGAAGUAUCCUACGAGCUAUCAUCCAAAGUCUUAUCCAAAACUAGCCUCAGCUAUCGAAUGACUCCUGAUAUCUACCCCGAAAAUUACGGUAUCAUUCAGGCAUCCGUACUAGUAUCCGAUCAACUGUUCAACUCGCCAGAGGGGCCGGCGCGGAUGGUUGAAGUAUUUUCUAGACUCCCCCUGAGUCCAAAUGACAUCCUUUUCACUAGCAACCUGGGUGGUAAGGUUAAUAUCAAAGGUGACUCCACAUCUAUGCACCCCGCCUGGCGCUCUUCAGCGCAGCUUAUAAAUUACAUCAAAAGCGUUGGCCCGACGGUUCAUGAGAAGUUAAGAGGCUUAGAGGAGUUGAGUAGUGUUCAUAUGCCUAUUCUGUACUCUAUAGAACCAGGAUUCAAAGUUUCCUAUUUUAAUCUAGGAGAUCCUGGUGAAGGAGAUUUUCGAAACGUCUAUUGGGGUGAUAAUUACGAGCAUCUGGCUCAUAUUAAGCACGGCGUGGAUAAGGAUGGACUUUUUGUGACUAAGAAAGGAGUUGGUAGCGAUUUAUGGGAUGAUGAGGGCAUGUGUAGAAAGAAGGUAGGAAGUUGGGUGUAUCGAGGACUAGAGGCGAUUUCUGAUCAUCUCAAGAUAUAG